AAACCGAACUCGCCUCCUGGACUCCAUCAUCGCGCUCUAAAAUCACGAGAGCAAUGGUCUGGGCCCUGAUCCCCGCCGAUUCUCUUCGAGGUGCUCAGAAAUACUACAUUUUCUCGCGAGGAACAUACCUCGUGGGUAGAAAAGAUUGUGAUAUUAUUGUUCAGACGGAUACCUCGAUAUCCCGAAACCAUGCCGAGAUUGUGGUCGACGAGAUGGCCACCUGUGGUUCUGAUAAAUUCAGUUCGGGUGUUCGCGUCAUUGAUAAAUCCAAGUACGGAACUUUUGUAAGCGAGGACUCUGGAAGCAAGGUUGUUAGACUGGUGAGAAAUAAGGAUACGGCCUUAAAAGACGGCGACUUGGUAACGUUUGGAACCAGCAAUGCUACCUUCAGAUUUUUUCAUGUUCCAGUCACGAUCUUCUUGCAUUGCUCGAAGGGAAGACAAUUGGAUCCAUUACUUCAAGCUAGCAUCUCAUCUAUUGGUGCUCAAUCUAGCUGCAGUUGGAACCAUGACUGUACGCAUGUGCUUGUUGAUGAGUCUUCUUCAAUAACCGCAGAUCUCCUUAAUGCUGUUGUGGCCAAGAAGCCUAUUGUACAUAUUGAUUGGCUAAAGGUGCUCGCGGAGAAAAAACUUUGCACGGAAUUUCCAAAUGGCAUGCAACAUGCACCUACCUUAACUUUGGAAGGGUCAUCAAUCCGGAUAGUGGACCCAACUGUUCGAGACAAAAGCUUGGAGGGGUUCACAUUUGUAUUGGGAUCACUAUCAAAGUAUAAAUUUGGGGAGAAGCUCCAAUCAUUACUGGAAGUGGUGGGAGCAAAAGUUAUUAGUCUUGAUGUGUUUUUUUCUGAUAGCCAAACUUCUGCAGAUGGUGUGAUCAAUUAUGUCUUAGUGGUUCCUCAAGAAUCACCAAAUGAAAGUCACUCCCGGGAGUUGUCUUCUUUGUCCAGAAUUACUGAUUUAAAACUGGUUGCUGCCGUCUUAUCUGGAAGAUUAGACUCUUCGAUGUUGAAUCAACCUUCUAUUAUUGUAUCAUCCUCACAUUCUACUGAUGAGACUAUUGUAGCGGAUUCUGAGGUGGAGAUAGAUACAGCAACAUCUAAGAUAGUCCCUUCCACUUUCAAUUCUCAAGAUGCCAUAAAGCGAGAAGAUGAAGAUCAAAAAGGAAAAAAGUCCGGAGACAUAACAGAUACAACCAAGUGUCAAGGGGAGAAGAAGUCAACCGCUUAUCUUCAGACGUCAUCCGACAAUAGUAAAAUGCCAUGUCCCAGGGACGAGGUUGUUGCUUCCAUGAAGAAAUUGGACAAGGGUGAUGAACCUUUCCCUGACCGACAUGAGAACUCUGAUAUCAUAUUUAGCCCAGAUUUGGUUGUGAGAGGCACCAUUCCAGUAACUGUUCAAUCUACCACAAAGGAUGUUGUCAAUUUCAAGUGCUUUAGAAAGGGGGAGAAAAAGUCUGGCAAUAGCUUCACAGACCUGAUUCCAUUUUCAAAAGAUCCAUACAAAGAAUCUGACUAUGGAAGCAACGAGUCGGAGUAUAUGAGAGAAGAAAAGAAGAGAAAGCAAUUGGAAGCUGUUGCUGAGGAUUUAUUUAACAAUGAAAAGGCAAGGAAGCGGGCAGUUGGUGGUGCUUCUAUCCAGUCCUUUCUUACCCGUCGCUAAAGGCAUGUACCAGGUGGAGAUGAACUCUUCCUUAUUAUCGACAGGAUGUCUUGCUGUACAGAAGAUGUCAUUGGAUGAAAUUUUUUUCUUGUACAGCAUCCAAUGAGUGUCAUCUUUACUAAGGGGCUGUUUGGUUGCUUUCCACCAUUUUCCAAGUUCAACAUUCCUUUAUUUUUUUGAUGUUUCCUUCACUUUCAUGGAAAGUUAUUUCUUGUGUUUGUUUUGUCAAAAAUAUAGAGAAUAAUUACUUUCCACCACAUUCACUUGUUCGGUUCAAUUUGAAAAGAGAAGAAAGUUGUUGAUGUAUGAGUAGAUUCUCUCAUUCUCUAGUGUUUGUUUCAAACUAAAAGAAUGAAGAAAACUUGAUUGUGGUA